GUAUAAUAAAUAUGUAUGUAUGUACACAUUUUUAAGGUGCCUUAUUAAAUUUUUUUUUCUUUCAUACUCAGUGUAAUGUGUGCGCUUCAAAUUGCUGCUCUCGUCGCCGCGCAGCACUCCUUUCCUACGCGCACUACAUCAUCAGCUGCUGGUAAACACACAGCGCCGCUCCACCGCCGCCGGAAGUUGUGGUUGCGCAUAUGUGUGCGUUAUCAACAAAGCAAUCAAGCAAGCAACAAACCGUGCGUCGCAUGCCGCCUACCGACGGUCAAAAUAUACUAGCUCCAAAUUGUUUUUGAUCAUUUUUUUUUUUUUAUUAUUAUUUUUCGGUACAGCGAGUGGGGACUCCCGUGCGCCCGCCUGGUCAGCCAUACGGUGGGUUUGUCAUAAGAUAAUGAGCUGAAAAUCUAUUUGUGCGCGUUUUUAUUGCAUUCAUAGGCAUGCGUACAUGUGCGCGCGCGCGUGUGUGUGUGUUUGUAUGUAUGUGUGUGCGGAAAAUUUACGCGCGUGAAAAUUGUUGCAUCAACAAAUUAAUUAAUAAAGUGAAAAUUGUUUUCAUACCUUCUCGCUGUUCAUAUUUAGAUACAUAACAAAUGUAUAUAUUGUACAUACAUACAUAUGUAUGCACCUACAAUUUGUGUAUACAUACUUACAUUCUGCUACUAAUUUUUGCAAAUCAUCUAAAUAAGUGCGGAAUAUAAAAAAAAAUUAAUAAAAUUAUGCAAACAAACAGGCAUGUGUUUUUAUGCAAGUGAAAAAAAUUACAUCUACAUACACAUAUGUAUGUACAUACAGGCAUACAUGACGAUAAAUAAAUUCAUAAAUUGCGCCAUUUCAAGAGAAUACGACAAUUCAGUGGGAAAUUAGUGGUUAAAAAAGAAAAAUUUUAAAAUUAUCAAGAAAAGUUGAAGUGAUUUUUAUAAAAAAAAAAAAAUAAUUUGAUAAUGAAAAAUGCAAAAAUCUUUCAAGUUAUAAUUGUAGUAUUCGAAUAAGAUAAUAUUUAACCGUCUACAAAAGCAAAAGCAAAAAAAAUAGAACAAAAAAUAAAAAAGUACAAAAUUCCUCGAAAUCCCCAAACCUCAACAGAAAGUUGUCUACAAUAUUUUAUGCAAGGAAAUGCCAAAAUCCAUGGGAAAUUUCAGAAAUAUGAUUAUAACGAUGCUAUUAAACAAUACGUGACGUAAUACGAAACAUAAAACACCUACCGCAAAGUUUAUUAUUCAAAAGAAGAAAGAGCGCAGAAACAGAUUCACAAACAGUAAUUAAAGUCGAAAAAAAAAACAAAAAUAAGAGUAAAAAAAUUCCCAAAAAAACAAAAAUCGAUAGCGCCAAAAGAGCAAAUUCACCUCAAUGUAAGCGGUUCCCGUAAAACUUGGACGAAGAGUGAGUAAUUAGCGAAAAAUGGACAUAAAUUGUGAGCGAUUGACUUUGACAGCGAGCCGCAGCAGCCACAAUUACAGCAGCGUUGCCUUGUCAUCAGUGGGCUACGAUAAUAUGACGCGGCUCGAAAGGCAAACAGCAGCCAGCUGUGCGCUACGCACUCGACGUAGAACAGCGGCGGCGGCAGCAGUGGCGGCACAACGCGCCCAAAAUGCAACAGAUACUGGAGGAGGAACGCAUCGAAUUGCUGACCCUGCAGCUGGCGGUGAGCUGUGUGCAGCGACCCCAAAUACAACACCGCAGCAGUUGAGCGCACAACGCAGUGCUGCUGCAACAGGCGAAAUGGCGUUGGCAACAUAUAGCAGUGUCUCGCACCCGGACACGGCGCAACAGCAAAGCGUUUGCAUUAUUUGCCGUCAGCAUGUGGAGGAGUGUUGUCAGCGUUGUUGUAGAAGUUAUAUGGCAACGACAACAACAGCAGCACCAGCAGCGGCAAAACCAACAAAUCGCAAUAGCGUACAAAGCGCUUGCGGCAACGAUUGCUGUAUAUUAUCAGCGACGCCGAACAGACAAUUGCGCGGCAGCCAUGAUUUCAUGGUCGAUGACGUCGGUGAUGUCGUGCGACAAGCAUUCAAUAGUACAACAAUAGAAGCACCAAUGAAUGGAACAACAGUGGCCGCAACGUCAUUGGCAUUGAGCUCUACAACAACAACAAGACUGGUUAACGGUGCUAUAAUUGAUGUGCCGGCGUCAACAACAGCAGCAGCAGCAUCAGCAGCAGCGGCAGUAACAACGAUGGCUGUGUGUUAUAGCUGUCGACGACGGCAACGGCAAUGGCCAGCAACAACAACAAUAGCAGAACAUUUAUUAGAAGCUCCAACAGCGCUAAAGGCAUCAACAAUGACGCUUACAACAACUGCAAUAGAUAUAGAGUUGACAACAACAACAGCAGCACGUACGGUAAUAGCUCCGCAGAAAUCGUUCGAAACAUCGCAAGCAUCAUCGACAUUGUCAUCAUCAUCACCAUCUUCAUUAGCGACGACGACAAAAACAACAACAACAACAACAACAUUAGCACGCACCGCCCGUACAAAAUUCAUUGAGCAACACCGAAAUGUGUUGAACGCAAAAACAACAACAACAACAACAACAACAACAACACUACCAACACCACUAGCACCAAUAGCACCACUAGCAACGAGUUUGACGACGGCGGCGUUAUUUGAGCGAACGCUGCGCUCAUUUCAAUUGUUGUUGUUGUACAUUCAAGUGCAAUUUUUGCGCCCCAUUUACACAAAAAUCAAUAGUUUUCUUUACAAAAACAAAAGUAAUAACAAUAGCAAUAGCAACAAUAGUAAUAAUACCAACAAAAACAAGCAUGCGACGAAUAGUAAUAAUAAUAAUAAUAGCAAUAGAAAUAGUAAAAAUAGAAAUAUGAAAUCCAAUAAAAGACAACAUAUACAAGAAAACCCACAACCGCAACAACAACAACAACGUCCUCCACAUUUAAGACUGAUGCAACAAAUUCGCUGUAAUUCCUACUACAAUAAUAAUUAUAUUAAUAUUAAUAAUGAUAAUGAUAACUAUACUGGUUUAAUUAAUAGUAGCAAUAUAUCUAAUACAUCACAAAAACAACAACAACAAAAACAAUACGCCAAUGCCAACGCCAACAAUAACAACAAUAGCUGUAACAAUAGUAGUAAUUUAAGUAGCAAUAAUUACUGGCAACUACAACAUCACAUACAACACCACACAGUACAACAACAACAACAACAACAACAACAACAACAACAAUCGGAACAUCACUGCAAUUUAAUAUCACCAAUAACGUGGUCAACAUCACAGCAACAAAAAGAAAAGCUACAACUACGACAACAACAACAACAACAAAAUCACCUCAAUGCAGGCAAAUUCGCUUCACUACAACAACUACAACUGCAAUUGCAACAGCAAUUACAACUACUGCAAAAAUUGCGCUACUUCAAAAUGCCAAAUUUAACUGUUUUAUAUAAGUUACUGCUCGUCCUCUCGUUCCUAUCGCUAUCGCUGCCAUCGAUAAAUGCUCAGGCCACAAAUGAGAUUGCGAAAUUUCCCGGUUCGGCGUACAACAAUCGCGAUAGUAUUCGUACAUCGCCUGUGUCUUUGCGCAGCAAUGAGACUGUAUGCCGAUCACUGGAUAUACGCAACUCACCAAGUGAAUUAAGCCAAUUACGUAACUGCACGGUCAUUGAAGGUUUCCUACUCAUCACACUAAUGAAUCAACACACCACACAGGAGUUUACACAGACAUUUCCACUACUCACCGAAGUCACCGAAUUCAUCAUUGUCUAUCGUGUACAUAAUUUACGCUCAUUAUCACAAAUUUUCCCCAAUCUAAGCAUCAUACGCGGUACAACAUUGUUCGAAGGAUAUGCACUCAUUGUCUACUACAAUCCACAUCUGGAGGAUUUAGGUCUAUCAAAGCUAACAACCAUAACUCGUGGUGGCGUACGACUUGAGAACAAUAUUGUGCUCUGUUAUGUGGAGACGAUUGCUUGGAAACGUAUUGUGAAUAAGGAUGCGGAAAUAGCCAUUGAGAAUAAUAGCAAAUUGAUUGAGUGUCCCAAAUGCCCGGGGGAUGCGAGAGCUGUUCGAGAAGAGGGUGCGGAUAAUGAACCAAUAUGCAAGGAAUUCGAUGGACAAAUACGUUGUUGGAACAGUAAAAAGUGUCAAAAAAUCUGUCCCGAUAGAUGUAAAGACAAUUGCGUGGAUGAACACACUUGCUGUGAUGAGAACUGCCUCGGCGGUUGUUCUCCCGACAAUGUAAAAGAGUGUAUUAGUUGUCGCGACUACGCCAUCUACAACAACACUUGCAUCGAAAAAUGCCCACCGAAUUAUUUUAGCUAUUUGGAUCGCCGCUGUCUCACUGCUGACGAAUGUAUUGCCAUCGGUACUAAAUUCGAGAACAAUAGGCCACGAAUAAUUGUGCCUUACGAUGGCAAAUGUUCGACACGCUGCCCGAAUGGUUACAACAAAAUCGGCUCGACAUGUCAGGCUUGUGGGGAUAACUGUGUGAAUAAGUGUGAUGGUGCGCUGAUCGAUAGUGUGGAGCGUGCGAAGGACUUCACUGGCUGUACGCACAUUGUGAAGAAUGGGCUCACCAUAAGUAUUAAGCGUGGCGGAAAGCAUCUUAUGGAGGAACUGGAAACGGGUUUGGCAUCCAUACAAGAAAUUAGUACAUUUUUAAAAAUCCAAGGCACUUAUGGUUUAACAUCCUUGUCGUUUUUCAAACAUCUCAAACGCAUUAAUGGUACUGAGCUCAGUGAGAACAAAUUUGCAAUCUAUGCACUCGAAAAUAAUGAUCUCGAAUCAGUUUGGGGCGAUAAUCGUACUGUGGAAAUCGAAAGAGGUCGCGUCUUCUUCCAUUUCAAUCCAAAAUUAUGCUACAAUGAGAUUGAGAAACUACUGCCGAUGAUGAAGGAAAAUGCAACAUUCGAUAAAAAUGAAGUGGCCAUAGAUUCCAAUGGACAUAAGGGGUCAUGUAAUACAGAAUUAUUGAAUGUUACAGUGUUAAGAAUCUCAAGUCGCGUUGCUGUUGUGGAAAUCUUGAACCCAUUGGUAUUUGACGAUAAUCGCACAUUUAUUGGUUAUCAAUACUACUUCAUGGAGGAUAAGUACAAAAAUGCCACCAAAUAUUCCCAACGUAUAUGUGAUGAUGGCUGGACUGUAAGUGAUCCCACAAAGGAUCCCCAAUACAUCUUCAUAAAUCUGCUGCCAUAUACGCAAUAUGCAUAUUAUGUGAAAACAUGGACUAUAUCAUCGGAGAAACGUAACGCACAAAGUAAUAUACAUUAUUUUAAAACCAAAUCUGCGCAACCUAAGUUCGUACAAAGCUUAAAUGCCUACGCAAUAUCGAGUUCUAAAAUCGCUAUUACAUGGACACCACCUUCCAAUCCGCAAGGCAAUCUUACAACCUAUCGUGUGCGUGCUGUACUCGACAAACGCAGUCAGGUCUUAGAAGGACGUGACUACUGCAAAGAUCCUGCGCAAAUCGAUAAAGAUGACGAUACAAAGGAUCCUACACGCGAUAAUCCAGCCGGCGCAACAGAGGCGCCAAAUGCUGCCAACUGUAAAUGUGAUGGCGAGAAAUCGCCAAAUCAUAGCGAAGUCGAUACUAGUGAGGCCACAAUUGUUGCGGGCAUCGAUUUCGAGAAUACGUUGCAGAAUUUCAUCUAUGUGAAACAUACCAAGGCAAAGAAAAAAGUACCUGCCAGCAACAAGGAAGCUAAACGUCGGCGCAGAAGUGAAGGCGAACCGCAGGAUAGUUUUCUUGUACGCCACAUGCGCGCCGUACCCGAUAAUUUUGAAAAUAAAAUACUCAAGACGACCACUGAGAGUGACAACGGCCGGGAGGGUACUAUUAUAACCACCGUAUCACCGGUUGAAACCACCACCGCACUUGGUCAUACCAAUACAACACAUAACAAUAGCAAGGGUUUGGAUCCAACUGGUCAAUACUAUGAGAGCUUCAUACUCAACGUAUCUAUCAGCACUACCAGAUAUGAGUUCACACAACUCAAACAUUUCUCCUAUUACACAAUCGGUGUUGAAGCAUGUCGCGCGCCUGAAUUGGGCGCCACGGAAAAGGAAUGCAGUGAUGUGCGUAUGAGUUUUGUACGUACCAAAAAAAUGGAGGGUGUGGAUAAGGUGCAAAAUUUGCGUGUUGGUUUGAUGCAAACAAAUACAUCGAGAAGUGAGGUGCGCAUAAAUUGGGAUCCACCAGAGAAUCCCAAUGGUGAUGUUGUUUCUUAUACGAUUUCCUAUAAGAAAUCGGAACAAGAUGCUGUGGAGGAGAAACGUUGCAUAACUGAAGUGAAUUAUCGCAAUUUAACUAAUGGCUACACGAUGCCAUUGCCGACAGGCAACUAUAGUAUUAGAGUGCGUGCGAAUUCUUUAGCUGGCGACGGUGUCUACUCAGAAAUCGUAUAUAUUGACAUUCCGCCCGAAAAAUGGUCCGGUGCAUUAAUAGCGGGUAUAUGUAUCGCUAUUAUUUGUAUUAUACUCUUAAUGGGUGGAGUUUAUUGGUACGUUCGACGAAAGUAUGCGCCACCAAACGAUAUCAAAAUCAUUCCCACCGUCAAUCCAUACUAUAUCAGUCUACAAUAUGUACAAGACGGUUGGGAGGUGGAACGUGAUCGUGUUAUACAAUUAAGUUCGCUCGGUCAGGGCUCUUUUGGUAUGGUAUACGAAGGUAUACUCAAAGGUCUAGACAGCAGUGCUGAGGAUACGCCGUGUGCUAUUAAGACUGUCAAUGAAAAUGCAACUGAUCGCGAACGUAUUAAUUUCUUAAGCGAAGCCAGUGUUAUGAAACAAUUCGAUACAUAUCACGUUGUUCGACUACUCGGCGUUUGUUCUAUUGGUCAGCCGGCAUUGGUUGUAAUGGAGCUAAUGAAAUAUGGUGAUUUAAAGUCAUAUUUACGUGCACACCGUCCCGAUAGUGUACAAGGUGAUGAAAUGCCUUUCAGAUAUCGUGAUACGGGCGAACAACCGCCACCCUUGAGUCGUGUCUUUCAGAUGGCCAUCGAAAUAGCCGAUGGUAUGACCUACCUUUCAGCCAAGAAGUUUGUGCAUCGCGAUUUAGCUGCUCGCAACUGUAUGGUUGGCGAGGGCUUGACUGUGAAAAUCGGUGAUUUCGGCAUGACUCGAGAUGUCUAUGAGACUGAUUACUAUCGUAAGGGUGAUAAAGGUUUACUGCCCGUACGUUGGAUGCCCCCCGAAAGUUUACGCGACGGCAUUUAUGCCACAUCCAGUGAUGUGUUCAGUUAUGGCGUUGUACUUUGGGAAAUCGUCACACUUGCUUCACAACCAUAUCCCGGUUACUCGAACGAUCAAGUAUUGCGCUUUGUUAUAGAGGGUGGCGUUAUGGAACGUCCUGAUAAUUGUCCAGACAAAAUAUAUGAAAUUAUGCAACAAUGUUGGGAGCAUCGGCCAUCGAAACGUCCAUCGUUUUUCAAAAUUAUACGUACAUUGUUGGAUCAUGUGAAUACCGAUUCUGGAGGUUAUAUUUCACAUUUUCGUGAAGUAUCCUAUUUCUUCUCUAAUGAGGGUACACAGGAAAACGAAAAAGAUCAAGCAGAGAGCAUGCAUACAUCUGACGAUAUCUUUAGUGAGGAAAAUGAAAUUGACGAUGCCACAACACCAUUGCGUACAGACGAAUUCAAUGAAUAUAAACUUAAUAUGGCCAAUAAUUCAUCGGUAGAACAAGAAGGUGACAGUCCACUGGCCGCAGAUGAUGAGCAUCCCCAUUCUCCUUUUAGCCAUAGCCUAGGCUCGGCUAACGUCGUUAGUAGCACACCGGAUGGUCAAUCUAAGAACAGCUAUAAUUUCUCACAAAUGUCGCAAAAUAAUCAAACACUCCUCAGUUCGUUACCAUCUACAUCAGCUGGCAUUGUUAGCGGCGGUUCGCAUUCUCAGUCACAUCAACUGCAUCAGCCCGGCAUGCAUCUACGUCAGCCACGCCAAAGCCAAUUUCCCACUGGUGAUACCGCAGCCAAUUAUGUACUUCCCGACUAUGAUCCACACACCACUUACGAUAGUAAAAAUGUGCGCAAAAGUACAAUGGCCAGUGGCAGUGCCGAAACCGACGAACGCGGUUAUGAAAUGUAUGACCCAAGUCCAAAUUACCGCGAACAUGCUCCAUAUGAUCCGACUGUAGAUGAAGAUGAUUUUGAUGGCAUGCCUGGAUUAACUGGGCAUAGUACCAGAAUUGGCAGUGGAGGUCAACAACUAUUGCCACGUAGUAAGCCACGUCAUCGCAUGCCUGUCAUAAUGCCAAUGUCUAGCUCAAUGCCGGACGAAAUAAUUGGUACGCCAAUUUCCUCAUCGUUGCAUCCAUCAACUGCAUCGGCGGCUUCAUCGAAUGCUUCGUCAACAAACGCCUCAACGAGUCGAUAUGCGGGCUUGAAAGCCGUUGCCGAUAAAAUGCGUUUAAAGAAUAUUAAUCGACGCAUCUUCAAUCACAAACGCUCGGGUAGCAAUGCCAGCCAUAAAAGUACCAGUUCCAAUCCGAAUACGGCCACUUCUUCAAGUAGUAAUUCGAAUUUAGCAGCAGGUGUCAAUGCUGGACGCGGCAAAAGUAUUAGCGGUCAUAAUUUGGGUACAAUUGAAAGCGGUGGCAGUGGUAGUGCCAGCAGUUAUGUUUUGCCGCGCUUUUUCACACCCACGACGGAAGCAGACAGAACGCUCACUAGAGAUAAUCCAAACUACCGUUUGCUAGAUGAAACAGCAAACACUUCAUGUCUUUCCGGCGCCAGCGGCGGCGCGUCCACCAAGAAUACGAGCUAUAGAAGACUGAAUGAAUCAUUAAAUUCAACGUUAACGCCAAGCAAAGCAGCCAGCACUAGCACCGCACCAGCCAGCAAUAUUUCUGCCCUUCCGCCUACGCGCCCAUAUACACAAUCUACCCAAAACGCCAAUUACACACUAAUGGGUCCGACGGCCACCGAGCCAACCUUACGCACUACUGACAAUCCCAACUAUGUUGUGAUGAAUCAACCCGCCGCACUUAGUAUGCCGCCCAGACAAAUGCCCGCCACAACUUCUACCAGUCUAUCUACAAUAGCACAAAUUCACGAUGAUCCUGCCUAUACAGUAAUGGGUCCGCUACCACGUAAUCCAAGUAAUAAUGCAUCUUCGACAUCAACGAUCGGCGAUGAUCAUAAAGCUGAAGCGGAAGCGGAAGCUGAGGAUGAGGCUGAAUAUGAAGACGAUGAUAAUGAUGAAGAAGAUGAUGACGACGAUGGUGAGCCUACUGAGCACAUUAAAAUGGAACUACUUGGUGCGCAUCGACGUGGUAGUGACAAAGCACAACAACAACAACAACAACAACAACAGCGUAAAUCACGUGGUGCACGUAGUCGCAGCCAAAGUCAAAAUAAACAGGAUGAAAAGGCGGCAGCAACAAAGAAAAGCAGCUCGACAGGAGCCAGUCCUUCAGGCGGCCUAACAAGCACCAGUGAGGCUAGCAGUAGUUAUAUCAGUCUAACGCCAAUCGUAGCAAUAGCGUCAACAACGCCAGCAACAACAACAACAACAACACAAUCCAGACCAUCUGCGACAUACUCACUGAAGGAGAAUUGGUUGCGUCAACAAUCGCAACAGACACAACAUCAACAACAACCACCACCACCAAAUGGUUUCAUCGGUCGUGAUACGUAGUAUCAGGGGGUAAAGGCAGAGCAUCGAAAGCGUAGGACAAGGAAACGUAAUACAGCACUGCCGACUUAAGUAAAUACAAACUAAAAAAACAGAAAACAAAAACAAAAACAAACAAAAACAAAUAAUGCAAAUAAUAAAGAAAUGCGCCGAAAAUGUGUACAUAUGUGCAUAGAUAUGUAUGAAUCUGGUGUGAAAAAGUUGACCCUAAAACCAAUAUGCAUAGAUCAAUUGUAAAUUCUACACAAGGACGAAUGUAAAAUGUUUGCUGUAAGUAGAUAGUUCAAAGUAAAUGCAAUUUUUUUU